AAACAUAAUAAGCCACACCACACACAGUCACACAACAAAAUCUCACAUUUCCAUCCUCUCUUCUUCACAUCUCUCACCCACCCUUUUCAAUCUCCCUGUUUUAGCAACAGUCUCAGCAGCAACACCAGCACUUCAACAAUGGCGGCCACAACGACAAAUGCAACGAUGCUUCAACAAUCAUUCCUUCAACAAUGUCCGUCUCUCUCCGCAUUUCCUCAUUCUCCGCCAUCAAUUUCCUUGCCUCCUUCUUCCUCUUCUCGCUUUUGUGUGAAAUUCUCUGUCAACGCUUGCUGCCAAACAUCUCCUUCGCCGCUGAAUGUCGUUAAUGGAAACGCUGAUUUACGGCCUACUGCGCGUGCCGAAAUUCGGCUUGGUCUUCCUAGUAAAGGUCGUAUGGCUUCUGAUACUCUUGAACUUCUUAAGGAUUGUCAGUUGUCUGUGAGGCAAGUGAAUCCACGGCAAUAUGUUGCUCAAAUUCCUCAGAUUUCAGAUUUGGAAGUGUGGUUUCAGCGGCCUAAAGACAUUGUGAGGAAGUUGCUAUCUGGAGAUCUGGAUCUUGGAAUAGUAGGAUUUGAUACUCUUAGUGAGUAUGGACAGGACAGUGAAGAUCUUGUUAUUGUUCACAAUGCUCUGGAUUAUGGGCAGUGCCACUUAUCAAUUGCAAUUCCUAAAUACGGCAUAUUUGAAAACAUAAAUUCCUUGAAGGAGCUUGCAGAAAUGCCUCAAUGGACAGCUGACAGACCUCUGCGAGUCGCCACUGGUUUUACUUAUCUUGGUCCAAAGUUUUUCAGGGAAAAUGGGUUGGAGCAUGUUACUUUUUCAACUGCAGAUGGAGCACUUGAGGCAGCACCUGCUAUGGGGAUAGCUGAUGCAAUAUUGGACCUUGUAAGUAGUGGGACAACCUUAAAAGAGAAUAAUUUGAAAGAAAUUGAAGGUGGGGUUGUGUUGCAGAGCCAGGCUGUGCUUGUUGCAAGCAGGAAAUCCUUGGUUAAUCGUAAAGGUGUUCUUGACACAACUCAUGAGAUAUUAGAGAGGUUUGAGGCACACCUAAGGGCAGAAGGUCAAUUUACGGUUGUUGCAAACAUGAGGGGCAGUAGUGCACAGGAAGUAGCUGAGAGAAUACUUAGCCAAUCAUCUUUAUCUGGACUGCAGGGGCCCACUAUUAGUCCUGUUUUUUGCAAAAAGGAUGGGAAGGUGUCAGCAGAUUAUUAUGCUAUAUGUAUCUGUGUACCAAAAAAGGACCUCUAUACAUCUGUUAAGCAACUUAGAGCUAUUGGUGGCAGUGGAGUCCUCGUCUCACCUCUCACCUAUAUAUUUGAUGAAGAAACUCCAAGAUGGUGUGAGUUGCUCACCAAACUUGGCCUCUGAUGAUUGUUGAAUAUCUUAGUCGUUUCUUGUAUGCGCUUCACUCUUCAGACGACACAUGGAGUAACUUACAUAUACAGUUUCGACAGAAGUAUCUGAAAGCAUUCAGUAAAUUUUGUAUGUCAUGUUUAUUAGAAAUUAUGUAUCCACUAUUGUCUUGUCAAACCUUCAACAGAGUAGAUGAAAGGAAAGUGCUAAUUUUUGGUGUUUAGAGAGCCACAGAAGCUCUAACCACUUGAGCUUUCCCUCACUCUCAAAGGAAAGUGCUAAUUACUUUGUUGUAGUAAGUGUCUCUUCUCAAUUAAUAUUGGAUAGAAUAAGAGAUACUUGCUUAGAUGGUACCAGGGAUCAUGGUCAAUGUAUUUUUUUUUCCUUUUUUUUUCUUUUUUUUUUUGGGAAAAAAUGCUCAAUGUACUAUAUAACAAUGCAAGUACUUUCUUUUUUAUUUGGUUAUAAGCUUUACUUUUAUUGAAUUA